GAUGUGUGUUGUGGGUGGGGGGAAGCGGAGAGGGCGGAAAAGAGCGAAGUGGCGACGGACGGAGCCCGAGGUUCGGGGGGAGCCGUGCGGAGAAUUACCGGUGACUGGGGUCCGAUGCAGCAAGGAUAAGACAUCCCGAGAGAGAGAAAAAUACAACUGCUGCGAAAGAUGCGAAAGUGACGAGCGUUUGACCCCGUUUGUUGGUUUCAGUUUUCCAAUGUGUUGGGAAGAUGGAGCAAAGCGAGAUACUGAGGAAAUUCAUUGAUCGAGUGCUGGCUAUGAAAGUCCGCGACCAGAACGGGGAUGAUAACUUUGCCAACGACUUCAUGCGUCUCAGAAGACUGUCAACUAAGUAUAGAACUGAAAAGAUCUAUCCAACAAUUACUGGAGAAAAGGAAGAAAAUGUUAAAAAGAACAGAUAUAAAGAUAUCUUGCCAUUUGACCAUAGCAGGGUGAAACUUGCAUUGAAACUUACAGAACAGGAUUCAGAUUAUAUUAAUGCAAAUUUUAUUAAGGGAGUUUAUGGACCAAAGUCCUAUAUUGCAACACAGGGUCCACUAGCAAAUUCUGUCCUUGACUUUUGGAGGAUGAUCUGGGAAUAUAAAGUUGCAAUAAUUAUCAUGGCUUGCCGUGAGUUUGAAAUGGGAAGGAAAAAAUGUGAACGUUACUGGCCAUUAUAUGGGGAUGGUCCUCUCAAUUUUGGAGACUUUCAGAUUACUUGUGAGGAGGAACAGGCAAGAAAUGACUAUUUCAUAAGGACUCUAUUAGUAGAAUUUCAAAAUGAAUCUCGUAGAAUCUAUCAGUUUCAUUAUGUCAACUGGCCUGAUCAUGAUGUACCUUCCUCAUUCGAUUCAAUUUUGGACAUGAUCAGUUUGAUGCGUGAAUAUCAAGAGCAUGAGGAUGUCCCUAUUUGUAUCCAUUGCAGUGCUGGAUGUGGUAGAACUGGAGCCAUAUGUGCAAUUGAUUAUACCUGGAAUUUACUAAAAGCUGGGAAAAUACCUGAAGAAUUCAGUGUGUUUAAUUUGAUACAAGAAAUGAGAACACAAAGGCAUUCUGCAGUCCAAACAAAAGAGCAAUAUGAGCUUGUUCACCGUGCAAUAGCUCAACUAUUUGAAAAAGAAUUGCAGAGGAGUCACUGUGCUCAAAGGCUAUCUGAUACGGAUGAUAACAGUUCUAAAAGAACGACUACUUCCUCAGUUCCUGCAACUUCGGAUUCACCACCACCCAAGCCACCACGAGUACGAAGUUGCCUGGUAGAAGGAGAUGCGAAAGAAGAAAUCUUGCAGCCUCCAGAGCCCCAGCCUGUCCCGCCCAUCCUCACUCCUUCUCCACCCUCUGCUUAUCCAGCUGUUACUACUGUGUGGCAGGAUAAUGACCGAUACCAUCCCAAGCCAGUUGUGCACUCGUAUACACCACCACUACCCACAGACCUCAAUGAAAACUACAACAAACCUGGAAAUACCUUCAAGCAAAUUGAAAACUCUGCUGCACACAUUGAACCUAUAGAGAAAAAGCUAGAAAGAAAACUUAGUAUUGAAAUAAAGAAGAUACCACUCCAGGAAGGACCUAAAAGCUUUGAAGUAUCCCCACCUGAUACCAACAGUGCUCUUAAUAGAUUGCCAUCGAAUAAAGUGAAACCCACUUCAGCAGCUGAGAUGGAACAAACAAGUAAAUCAGCUGAAGCUAGCUCUGGACAAAUUUCAGCAAAUUCAGAAAUCCUGCAACACUCUGAUACUACUCAGGAAGACAAGAAUUCAGAUGUUGCCCUGAGACCAAUUCAGUUACCACUUAAAGAGAGAGCUCAUGCUGUGUGGAGCAAGCCAAGCCAUGAAUGUACCCCAUCUUCCUCAAGCAAGAAUUCCACAAGUGAUAAGUUGUACAACAAUCAAUACCAUUCUUCUCAAGCAGCUGCUCUACCAGAAGAACCAUCACCGAUAAAGAUACAUGCACAUGUAGCAAUGGACACGAGUGUAAACAAUCAGCCUCUCUGUUUUACAAAUCCACUCCAUUCUGAUGACUCUGAGCCAGAGGAGAUAGACAUUGGGAAUAUAGUACCCAAAAAUGUUACCAGUAUUUUAACAAGUGCCAUUGUUACUGCAACCAUACAAAAUGAAACCCCUUCAUCAAGAAAAAUAUCACCUGUGUCUAUUGCCCGAGAGCAUCCACCCACUACCUUAAAUUUAGCAGCUGAAAAAUGUACUGGGAAGAAAGAAGAUAGUCCACCCCCUUUGCCAGAAAGAACACCUGAAUCUUUUGUUGUGGCUAACGAAUCUGAUGUUGCUGUUAGAUCUGUUCAUAUUGGAAAGUCUGCAGAAUGGGGUGGCUUUCCACAACCACAGUCUGUUGAGCAAGCCAAGAUGGUGAGGAGUAAGCAGAGCCUAAAAAAUCCGCGAAGUCAAAGAAAAAAUGCUCCUGAAACAGGCGAAUGUGGGAGGCCUUCGGGUCUGCCCGGAUUAGCUACUGCUGUUACCAAGGGUGAGGUAGGACAUAGCCCAGAAACAAAUGCAAAAAGAAGAAAUCGUUGUUCUGAUUUAGAACACAGGCUGCCAGUUUCACAAUGGAAGGCCACAUGAGAAAGUUGGCUUGGAAAUUGACAAACACUUCUAUUGAUACUUGUGUAGUGAUAAUCUAUUAAACAAUAUGACAUGCACUGAUACUUCAAGCCCAUUAAAACCAGCAUUGAGUGUAGAACUUGCUGAUUCUGUACCAUUGUAACUUAGCAAGAGAAGACAAUAAAUAAAUGUUCAUGUUAAUUGGUUCUUACCAACACUAUUUGUACUGUAGAGUUAUGGUUAUUAUAUUGAAUGAUUGUAUCUUCCAUCUCAUGGACAAAAUCAACUGAAGCAAGUUUAUAAAAAUGGAACCCUUUCAUAACCCAGUGUUGUGUUUUUAAUGUAUCUAGCUGGCUGCAAAUUCCUUGGCAUCAAACCACAACCUCUGCAGUAGAGGAUACAAUCUAAUCUAUAUAUGAUAUUUUAAAUGAGAAUUAGUUGGAUCAAAGGAUUUUCAUUUUCUCAAAGUGCCAGACUGAUGAGAUCUCUGACCACAAAAUUUCUGCAAGCUUGCACUGUCAAUCCAAUUGCACAUGUUUAAUUUUGUUCACACAAAAUUCACAAUGGUUUCAGAUUGCAAAAUGAUCUGUUUCUGUAUUGAGAUAAAGAUCAUAUUGCAUAAGAAACUAUAAGGGUAAAAAUACCCUGAUGGGAGUUGUGUAUGGGGCAAUGAACAGUAGCCAGGAAGUGGGAUAUAAAUUACUAUAGGAAAUAGAAAAGGCAUGUCAUAAGGGCAAUGUUACAAUUGUCAUGGGGAUUUCAAUUUGCAGGUAGAUUGGGAAAAUCAGGUUAGUGCUGGGUCCCAAGAGGAAAUUUGUAAAAUGCCAACGAGAUGAUUUAGACUUGAUUAGGGAACCUGAGGUAAAGGAACCCUUGGGAGGCAGUGAUCAUAAUAUGAUAUUCACCCUGCAGUUUGAGAGGAAGAAGUAAGAUGUAUCAGUAUUGCAGAGAAGUGAAAGGAAUUACAGAGGCAUAUGAGAGGGGCUGACAAAAGUUGAUUGAAAAGGAUGACAGUAGAACAGCAAUGACUGGAGUUUCUUGGGGCAUUUCGAAAAGUGCAGGACAAAUACAUCCCAAAGAUGAAGAAGUAUUCUAAAGGAGAAUGAGGCAACCAUGGUUGACAAGGGAAGUCAAAGACAACAAAAAAUCAAAAGUGAGGGCAUAUAAUAUAGCAAAAUAUUGGUAGGAAAUUAGAGAAUUUAAAAACCAACAGAAAGCAACUAAAAAGGCAUAAGGAAAGAAAAGAUGGAAUAUGAAGGUAAACUAGCCAAUAAUAUAAAGGAGGAUACAAAAACCUUUUCUCAGAUCUUUCUAGAGUAAAAUGGAGGCGAUGCUGGAGAGGUGGUAAUAGGGGACAAAGAACUGGCAGACGAACUUACUAAGUAUUCGGUGCCAGUCUUCACUGUGGAAGAUACUUAGCAGUAUGCCAGAAAUUGAAGUGUGUCAGAAUGCAAAAAUGGAAAGCUAUUAUUAAGGAGAAGGUGCUUGGGAAGCUGAAAAGUCUGAAAAAUGAAGUCACCUGGGCCAGGUGGAAUACACCCCAAGGUUCCGAAAGAAGUAGCUGAAGAGAUUGUGCAUCUUUCAAGAAUCAUUGGAUACUGGAAUGGUUCUGGAGGACUGGAAAACUGCAAAUGUCACUCCACCCUUUAAGAAGGGAGAGAGGCAAAACAAAGGAAAUAGCAGGCUAGUUUGCUAUAACUGAUGUUGGAGUCCAUUGGAGGCACAUGAUAAAAUAGGUGUUACGAAGGUGAGUGGACUGAUAGGUAGAGUUGAGGAAGCAUGGAAUCAGUCUGCAAAAGGACUUGGUGUUUGGGAAAAUGGGCAAAGAAGUAUCAGAUGGAAUAUCGUGUUGGAAGUGUAUGGUGAUGCAUUUGGUAGGAGUAAAGACAUAGACUACUUUCUAAAUGGGGAGAAAAUUCAAAACUUGGAGGUAAAUAGGGUCUUGGAAGUACUCAUGCAGGAUUCCCUAAAGGUUAACCUGCAGGUUGAGUCAUUGGUAAGGAAGGCAAAUGUAAUGUAGCAUUCAUUUCAAGAGGAUUGUAAUGAGACUGUACUUGAAGUAUUGUGAGCAGUUUUGGGCCGCUUAUCUAAGAAAAGAUGUGCUGGAUUUGGAGAGGGUCCAGAGGAAGUUUGCGAGAAUGAUACUGUGAAUGAAAGGGUUAAUAUAUGAGGAGCAUUUGAUGGCUCUAGUCCUGUACUUGCUGGAGUUCAGAAGACUGAGAGGGGGAUCUCAUGGAAAGCUAUGAAAUAUUGAAAGACCUAGAUAGAGUGGAUAUGGAAAGAAUUUUUCCUAUAGUGGUUAGGUCUAGGACGAGAGGGCUCACUCUCAGAGGUGGGUCCAUUUAGAACAGAGAUUGGGAGGAAUUUAUUGCCAUGGACUGCUCUGGAGCCAAAGACAUUGAUGCCCUGCCUAAGUGUACUCAGAAGUUAUGGGGAGAAGUCAAGAGAAUAGGAAUGAGACAAAUUGUAUAAAUCAGCCUUGAUGAAAUGGUGGAGCAGAUGCAAUGGGCUGAAUGGCCUAAUUCUGCUCCUCCUAUGUCUUAGUCUAAUAUUGAUGUAGAAGAAAUAGUAACCUGCUAUGAAUUAAUUAGUAUAAUGCUUUUACUGGGUUUAUGCCAUCUGGCUGGAAUAUUUGCUACUUUAUUUAUAAACAGGACAAUUGAAUGCUUCAUUACCAAUACUAACGUCUUUAAAAAAAACAUUCUCCUCACACCUCCUUACCUACCCUGCAGACAUAUUUAUUAAGCACCUUCACAUGAAACAUAAUGCCUGCAGUCUGAAAAUGCAUGAUACUGGGUAAUUGAAAGAAUGUAAACUGCUUUUGGGUAGUUGUCUUAUUUAGCUUCAAGCAAGGUACAUGAGUUCUUAUAAACAAUGUAGUGUAUGUGGCCUUGAUAAUUACAGUCUUACCAAAGGAUAUUAGCUGAUAAUUUGUAAUAGGUAUUGGAGAGAGUGAUUAUUUUGGAUUUUUAUUGAAUUAGAUGUCUAAAACCGUAUUUGUAGCUAAUUUGUUGCUCUAGAGCUUAAGUUAGUGAAGUUUACAGGACAAGUGGAUUGAAAAUUGCUGUUAACUGCUGAGUUUAUGGGAUUUUUUUAGUAGUGGUGAAGUACUUCCAUUUGGUUUUCUUUCUGAGAGUGUACAGCCUGCUCCCUUACGCCUUCCUUUCGUCUGGUCUGAAGAAGACAGGAAGACUGAAAAGGGCAAGGUGGCAAAAACAGGUUUUCUUCCAAAAACUCAGAAGUUGACUUGAUCGGAAGCAUGUAAAAUAAUCCUGCUUUGUACAUGAAAACUCUCAUUACUGACACCUGCUGUCUGAUUGUCUUAAUUCUUGCUAAAGAUUCUUGGCAAUCCUUUUUUAAAGGAAUGCCUCCCUAGUUAUUAGACAACAAUAAAUCUUUAUUUGCAAGUCAAGCUUAAAAGCAAGGCAAUACCUUGUGGUAAUUCUGUGGAUUUGUUUUUUUUUUGUUAAACUGAGCCUUAAUUACAUUGGCAAAAGUGGUUAUGGUAGAAGAAUUGUCAUUAAGAUACCAGUGAAAGUUAAUGGGUCUGUCUGAUGUCCAGUGCAUUUUUAUUUGCUUGCUUUGCUGCUUUCUUUGCUUGGCUUCAAACAUCUUUAUAAAGUUUCCUAUUCAGCAGUGGGACAAAUUCAUAUAUUCAGUUAAUAUCCCAUAAUUUUGGUGCCCUUAAAGCUUAGGAAGUUAUUAGGUAAAGUCUUGUCUACAUUAAAAUAAAAUAGAUUCAGCAUAGCAGGAGAUAGUGACCUCUUGCCAAUAAUACAUGCUGUAUAUUCUCACUCUUCUACUGAAGCAUAAAUGGGCAUUGUUUAUGAAUAUUUAUGAUAUUCCUGAUAAUUAACUCUGAUAAUUCAUUUGAAAAAUUGAGAUUUGUGCAACAUUUAUAUCAUGUAGAAACUGUAUUCUAUAGACCUGUAAAUAUAGAAAAUGCAUGUGGAUUUUAAACAACUGGUAUUAAGUCAGGGAAAGAAUCCUAGAAUUAUAGAGAUUUAUGAUACAUACAGAGACCAUUUGGUCCAUUAUUUUCACAAAGAUUGAAAAGAGCUUCCCAACUUUCACCAGUGUAGUCUUGCAGGUCAUGGCCCCUCAAAGUACAAGAUACAUUUAUUAUCAAAGUAUGUAUACUCUAAGCACCCUUGAGUUUUGUCUCCUAAUGGGCAGCCACCAAACAAAGAAAGCCAUUCAAACCUAUUUUUAAAAAAGACAGUCUAACAUCCAAUGUGCAAAAAACAUAUCAUGCAAAUUAUAAAAGCAAAAAACAUUCAGAAGUUCAUGAAAGUUGAGUCCAAAGCCACAAAAUCAGUCACCACAGUAGCCAAUUCAGCAACCAUCUAAGUAAUUAUCCAAUAUGGUAAAUAUUUCAUGAGGAUCUGUAAGAUGCGCACUUUUUAUUCUUCUAUAACUCAGUAUCCUCCCAUUUAUUCUGUUUUGCUUUCCUUUUUGCUUUACCAAAUGUAUUAUCUCCCACUUCAUUUUAAAUUUAAUUUACCACUAUUUAACAUUAUUAGCUAUAUACUCCUGUACAUUCCAACCAGAUGGUUAAUAUUUGAAUCAUCUGUAAAUUUCAUUUCAAGCAUGCAGGGGACAAGUAAUGAAUUUUAUAAAGCCUUGAUUAAAACAGAUUUUCAAAAGUACUAGACAAGCAAAAUAAACCUUAGAUUGCUGGGAACAUGCAAUAUUAAUCCUAGAAAUAUAAAAAGGUCAGACAGCAUCUGUAGAGAAACAAACAGUGGUGUUUUAAGUUGACCUUUGAUCAGAAUAGAUUUCUCAUAAUCAGUUGUCCCUUUCUGGUGCUGAGCCAAUUUUGGAUUUGAUUUUUAAAAUUCUAGACUUUUACUUUAAUUUUCCAGUCUCCCAAAAAAAAAACCACUGUAAUCAAUACUAACUACUCUAAACGCACAACUGUUUGAAUUUUGAGAGGUAAUAAUGUAAACAAUGAUAGUAUUUGAAAUAUGACCUUCUCAUUACAAAUUCAUGCUGAUUGCAUGUGAUGGAUUCCAGACUAUCCUCAACUGAUUCAAAUAAUAUGUAAACCUGGAGUUAAACUACCUGAUCAGUGUUUGCUUGUUUCGUCCCUUUCUGAGGAUAAUGCAACAUUUACAACUUCCCAGUUCUCUGUCAGCCCUGCAGGGCAGAUUUUUAAAAAAUGAUCAAAACUGCUGCAAAUUCUUGCUGUAUUUAAGUUUAGGAUAUCUCAUCAAAGGUGCUCAGGCUCUUAAACCUAGUAAGCAAGUUAUCCCAAUCAAUAAAUGUAUGCUAUAUACUAAUUGUUUAUUUCCUCCUUCCCCCUCUAAUUUUGCAUGUUCAUUCAGUUUCAAGUAUUUGAAGCUAGUAUAGCUUAUACCAUUGGAAGUUGGGAGGUUUAUUAUGGAGCUUGAUCAAAAAAUCCAGUGGAACUUACUGUACUUCAUAAUCAACUGUAAUCAUUUAUAUGGUGAAUUACAGUCAUACUGGAAUUGUACCAUUUGUCUUGAUCAUGUAGUUGUAAAUAUCUUGUACAUUUAAGAUCUCCUGCUUUUUAACCAAAGCAUAACUCAUUACUAAUUUACUCAAAGUAAAUUUCCUAGAAUGCCAUAACCUCCAUGCAUGCAUGCAUGCUUGUCUUCUAUAUACACCUUUCACCUCAAAAAUGCUGUCUUAGAUUUUAAUCAAACUUCAUAAGUGACCUCCUCUUAUCAGACAGCGGGUUCCUUUCGAAAAUGAGCAUGCUGAGAACUGUCCUUGUAUCCUGUCUCCAAAAAUCAGGUAAGGACCUUCAUCGUCACUGCCCCAAUACUUAGCAAUAAAAACAUCUGGAGGUGAGUGAUCCUGGAUUUAGGAACAUGAAAGUAAAAUCCACAAUCGUAAGACAUGACCCUGGUUUUUAAAAUUUGUGGGGUGGUGCGUAUGAAAAUUUAAAACCAACAUACAAAUUUAGGUGAGGAGUUCUGGGGAUUUUUUAGUACUGAACUUUCUAUUAUCCUUAACUAUGCUUGCGUCACAGGUUAACUUUAGCGUGGCUUUAAAUAGUCAAAGGUGGUUCUAACUAUAAUUUCAUUCAGUACUUUAAUGUAGUCUCAUCAACACAACUAAUGCUUGAAAUAGUAGUUAUCUAAUGCUUGGACAUCCAUUAAUUUGGCUGUUUAACUAUAUAAUUGGUUUGCAUAUUUCUGGUUGUUUUGAUGUUCGAUGGACGGUGGUGACUUUGACAAGGUAAGUUCCCUUCUGAAGGGCAAAAUGUAAUCUAUUAUUAUACUCUCAAUUCCUAAUUCCCUCACAACAUAGCAAUAAGGAAAUGUGUUUGCCUGUGGACAAAACAAGGCUUUCACAUUUUGCAGAGGAGAAAAUUUGCAUAUCGAAUUUUCACCAGUUCACAUUCUCGCCCAUUUCGCUAUUGGUAUGGUUGAAUUUUCAAAUGAUAAUAUUGCCCUCUUUCCUUAAAUUUAUAAGGCUCUUAGUAAACAUUAUUAAUGUUUGAUUUCCAUCUACAUUCUAGUUCAUAUUAAUUGCCUUUGCACAUUUGAACUAUUUAUGGGUAACAACUUGAUGAAUUUACUAAUUCUUACUGUCAGGCAGUUAAAGUAAUAAUUAAAUCCCAUUGGCCUUGUAUAUGUUAAUUCAGUGUCCUUGCACUAUUGAACUCAGUAACAAUGCAAAUCUAUCUUUGAGAAAUGAUCAAAUGAUUCCAGUAGCUUUAUAUAGGGAACUUUAAAUUUAAUAUUUUGAUCCUUAAUUUGGAGCAAAGCCCAAAAUAUUUUUGUUUUACUGUAGCCUAUCAUUGCAAGUUUGUAUGAAGUGUCAAAUUAUAGAUUUUCUUAGUUAAAUUUGUAGGUCUUAUUUAUUUUUUAAUUUAUGUGCUUUGAUAUGUGUCUGCUUUCCUUUGCUGUUGUAAUUUCCCUUCUCAAUUUUGCUACUUUGCAUUUUCUUACUCUAGCUUUUACAGCAAUUUUUCAGUAGUUUAUUGAAACAUCUAAAUGGGUUUAAUUUACAUUUUAAUGGUUUUGUUGCUGAAAUGAGAAAACAAAGGUAUUUAAAAUAGUGUAACAAAUUAUAAAUUAUUAUCGUACUUCAUCAUCAACUCCCUCCCACCCACUACCAACUUGCAUCUCCCUAGCUUUGAACUGUGGUGAAUUAUUUUUACUUCUACUUCAAAUUAAUUUUUUUUCUUAUUACCAUUAAAUGAGCUCUCCUGUUUGCUUGAGCUAAUGGCUCAUUGGUACAAGUUUUGAAAAUGGAAAACUAGAUACUAUAUUUACUUUAUGAUAACCCUCUACAAAGAAUUUUGCACAUACAAAUUUGAAUGUUGAGCCAUUUGAACAAAAAUCAGUCAGGUUAAAUUGUUUAAAAAUGUACACAUGUGGAUUGUGUAAAAGUAUACCAAAUUGAAUAUGGUGAAGUGAUUAAUAGAUUAAAAAUCAACAUAAAAGAUGAGUGAAAUUUUAUUUCUAGAAUUUCUUUGGCUAAAAUUGAUGCCUGAUCCGGAGAAAAUAUUACCUUUUUAACAUGUGUAAAACCAGAGUGUAUUUUCUGUGUUGUCAGCAAUUUGAUCUCUAAUCUCCUCUGAACAAAAUGCUGUUAGAAGCAAACUAUAGAUGGGCCUGUUCCUUUUGUAUAACAGAACUAUUUUAAAUCACCUGUGCUGUAUAUCUAGUUAAAUAAACUUGGUACCCUUUGGGAACAAAAAUUGGAUCAACUUAAUUUCAUGUCCUUGAUUUGUACUGUAAUUAGACUGCAUAGGUCAGAAGUAAUAACUCUUGAACAAUAACUUUAACAAUUCAAUUGUGUAAUAUCUGACUGAAUACCCUUCCCAUAAUCAUUUUUAUAAUAUUGUAGAGAGUUGAAUUUUGUAAUGUUGUAUAUAAAGAAGUUUUAAAACUUUAAUUAAUUUAUUUUUUUCUCUUCUGCAGGAUUCAAUAAUCGUUACACAAAACCAAAAGGACCAAGGGAUCCUCCUUCUGAGUGGACAUGAUGGGAAAAGUGUUCUGAUGGACUUUAAUACUGGAGUGUUUUUCUUCAAGUGCCACUAAAGGACUGAAACAUUGACAAAAUUAUGUUCACUAAUUUUUUUUUAAACUAACAAACGGCAAGAGCAAUUUCGGUGUCUUCUCAUUUACAGAAUGGUACACAUUUUACAUCUAUUGUAACUUGCUAAGACCUUUCCCGGGGGUGGAUUCCGGUGCUAAAUAUCUCUGCUGGGACCAUUUUGACCUGCCUUAUUUCACACUUAAGUAUUAACUUUUUUUUCAAAAAAAAAGUAUUACAGGCCUUAAUUUUGGGGGAAUUUGUUACACUGCUUGUAGGAUUGUAUAUUAAUAUAGUACAAUAAGUAUAAAUAGGGAGUCUGUGGACAUUUAUUCUUUGCUAACUUCCAGAAACUAUUAUUACAACUCCUUUGUGUACAGGGCAGGGUAGGUAUAUAAUUGACUGUGUUGCAGGUAUUAAAUAUUCUUAACAGAAGAUGUAAGAAAUCAGUGCAUGACUUAAGCCUUUGUGUACCAAUUUUUGUAAAUUAUUUGCCCUGAAAAAAUAGAAACAUAUUCUUUCGGGUGUUCUUAACUACUGGAAAUGAGCAGGAAAUUGCAGUUUAACAGGGGUUGAGAUUGUAAUAAUACAUUUGUAAAUUGUAAGCAAAAGGAUAUUUUUAUAUUAUAUGCUGUUAAUAACCAAUCCCAUUUCAUCUGUUCAUUUGGCCUUGAAUUUAGUAAGUGCCUUCGAACAGUAUGCAAUCCUGUUAACAUGAGCAUUUGAUUUUGUGCAUCUGGAAUUAGAUGACUAUCAGCCACACAAACCUGUAUUUUACAUUAUAUUGACCUGUCAGUAAAGAUCUCGAAAUAAA